ACAAAACAAAAAACCAUUAUUUAUUUAUUUUUCUCUUCCCGUUAUUUUCCUCCACGUAAAUAAUGCAGAUUGCCGACCCUCUCUUCAUGACGAACUAAUCAGGCACACUGGUUUUUCACAGAAACUGCCGUCGAUUAAUUGAUAAAAAAAAAUGCUUCGGUUGAAUGUAUACUGUUCUAUAGUCCCGAGUCCUCGACAGGGUGAUGUUGGGAGUAGUUUCCGGUCGAUAAUCCGGUGCGACAGAAAUCGGAUUAUAGCCGGGAGAAUUGCUGUCAGGGCUCUAAGAGAUGAGAUGGAUGGGGGCAAGAGUGGGGUGCCUGGUCGAAGCUGGGGUCCAGGGAUGGAAGUUGAGGUGCCAUUCGAACAAAGGCCGGUGAAUGAAUACUCAUCUCUGAAAGAAGCAUCUUUAUACUCAUGGGCUGACUUGGGUCCAGGCUCUUUUUUCCUACGUCUUGGUGGACUCUGGUUGGUAACUUUCACUGUCCUGGGAGUGCCUAUUGCAGCAGCAAGUUUCAAUCCUACAAAGGAUCCUUUACGAUUCGUCUUAGCAGCAGGGACGGGAACUCUUUUUCUUGUUUCAUUAAUAGUCCUGAGGAUUUAUCUGGGAUGGAGUUAUGUUGGCGAUAGACUUUUAUCAGCGGUCAUACCUUACGAAGAGACUGGAUGGUAUGAUGGACAAAUGUGGGUGAAGCCACCCGAGAUCCUGGCUCGCGAUAGAUUAUUGGGUUCAUACAAGGUAAAACCAGUGGUCAAGCUGCUGAAGCAGACACUGGUUGGAACAGGAGCAUUGCUAGUUGCAGCCGUUUCAUUAUUCAUUUUCGCUACCCCAGUCGAGAAUUUUAUCCAGAACACAUUUAAGGAGAACCCAUCCAACGUUUCAUCAUCAAAGAUCAACACAAAGUUCAAUAUACGGAAGGAGGAACUGUUGAGACUGCCAGUUGAUGUGAAAUCAGACGAUGAUCUAGCAGCAGCCGCAGCAGAGGCGGCCAAUGGAAGGCCAGUGUACUGCAGAGAUAGGUAUUAUCGUGCAUUGGCCGGGGGGCAAUACUGCAAAUGGGAGGAUUUACUUGAGUAAUAAUGAGGAAAAAUUGGCUGGUGUUAAGUUUUCACAUCAUGUACAAGCCCUGUGAUCUAUUUUGAUUGGACGGGGAAACUAGGGAUUUCCUUAGAUAAAAUAAUCACAGGCAAAGCAAAGAGUAGGGAACUUAAAAACUUUAUUUUCAAAAUCUUAAUGUUAAAGCAUAACAAUUAGCUAUAUUUGCAUUUUUUUAAUACAAAUACAUGAUGUGAUUGUGAUA